CCCACAUUGAAUGGCGAGCGCGUCGUGCCGAGCUGUCCCGUGGGCAGGCCAACACGUCGCGUCGCGUCCUCGCAGGGCAUAAAUAGCGCACGGCUGCAGUCCAAGGAGAGAGCAUCAGAGCACGAGCAAGCGAGAAAAAUCCUAGAGGAAAACCCGGAAAUUCCUGCGAGGAAGAGAGAGUGGUGGUGGUAGGAGGAGGAGGAAGCAUGUCGUGGCAGGCGUAUGUGGACGAGCACCUGCUGUGCGACAUCGACGGCCAGCGCCUCACCGCCGCCGCCAUCCUCGGCCACGACGGCUCCGUAUGGGCGCAGUCCGAGUCCUUCCCCCAGGUCAAACCUGAAGAAGUAACUGCAGUAAUGAAUGACUUCAAUGAACCAGGCUCUCUGGCACCAACUGGAUUAUACCUUGCCGGUACGAAGUACAUGGUUAUCCAAGGUGAACCUGGAGCUGUCAUCCGGGGAAAAAAGGGACCAGGAGGGGUUACUAUCAAGAAGACGACUCUAGCCAUCAUAAUUGGAAUCUAUGAGGAACCAAUGACUCCUGGACAGUGCAACAUGGUCGUCGAGAGGCUUGGUGAUUACCUUCUUGAGCAGGGCUUCUGAACUCAGUUUGAGCCAAAUGGGUUUAUGCCUACUGAAACCUACCAUAUAUCCCUGGAAUAAUUAGCAGAAAUUGUGAUACCUGUUGAACUAGCGGUGGUUACUCAUUAUGUUUGGAUUGCUUCCUCCAUGCCAUGGGGCUUACAUGUAAUCUUAAAACAAUGUGGUUGUGAUAUUUUUGCCGAGUACCCAAGUCUGUAUGCUUACUUCUACCCUGCCAUGGUGGAAAUGCCGAAAUGAUUCCUCUUAUCAGA